AUGCGUCUCGGUUGCUUCCUGCUCGUGGUGGCGUUCAUCCUCGCUGCUUGUUGCAACAGUCUUGCCAGCGCUGAACGCGCCUCGCUGACCAAGAAACCUAAACAGACCUACAAUUAUGACCUCACAACGGCUGAAAACGUGAAACAUUACCUCAAAGACAUCAAGAAGAUGACCGCAGAGGAAGAGAGAGCGUUUCCUGGAGCCACCCAACUCAGCGGUUUUUUCGAGAAGAUAGCCAAAGGUACCAACGCUAGGGUCGCCGUGGACAAGGUCAAACAGGCUCUGCACAAGGACACCAGGCACGCGUCGGUGUCGGUGGCUAUCAGUCUAUUGAAAAUGCUACUGGUAGUUGGCGUCAUCUCCGUGGCGAGCGGCUACAUCGUUUAUCGUGUGAGCAACAGUUAG